CUUCAUCGUCUGUGGUUAGUGUGGAGGUUACUUUGUGGGGGACUGAAUGGAAGGGCUUGGCGUUCUGAAUAGAGUGUGAUUGUUUGCCCCGCAUUCAGUUCUGAAGCGCGACAACAUCCCAAAACCUUGCAUUUCCUCACCGACCCGGAGUAGAAGCUUGAUCCUACGUUUUCGUGGGUCCUGGCGCGUUUCUACACGUUCAUAAUCUACUCCUGGCCUCUACAAGUCUCCAAUGUCGUCAGAUAAUAUUCUGCUUAAUUCUCCUGCUCUUCACUCCCUUAAACGCAACCAGCUUGUGCAGCUAUGCAAGAGGCAUGGGAUAAAAGCAAUAGGAAAGAAUCCAGAACUGAUCGGGAAGCUACAAGAAUAUGGCAGAGACCAUCCUUCCGCGAUCGAUUCUCAGCUCAGACGCGGGGAGGGGAAUGCGGAGGAGACCCAUAGUGGCGAAAUAGUUGCGCCUCGACCUAGCGAGACCUGGUCUCUCAUCGAGGAGCCCCCGGAGCAGGAGUAUCGAACACACUUUCAAAACCUAUCCACGAUCAAUGAAUUUGGAACGGGCGAAAGCUCAAGUAAAUCUUCCAGUGUGACAUCCUCGAUAAAAGCACUUGCCACUCUCUUGCAUGGAUCGUUCUCCUCUUCCAAGUCAAACCUGCUGGCCUCCAGCUCUAUGACAAGCCUCCCUGCCCCGACCGAAACUCGUCCCUCCUCUCAGCUGCAAGAUGACGAUGUGAAAGAGUUCGAACCUUUCAAUGAGCCCGAACCCGAGCCCGAGCCAAAUACAUCCAUAAAUUCGGUGUAUAUGAACGAGGCUGGUCUUGCAUCAACGGUUCGACUCGUGGGGAAGCCACCUUCUUCUCCUGAUUAUGCCAUGCCUUCUCCAUUCAGAGGCAAAUCUGUAAUUUUCCCUUCUUCAUCCCCCAUCUCCCCAACAUUCGACAAAACUGAGAGUUUUCAAACGCCCGAUUCGCACUCUGGUGGCGCCUCUUCAGACCACGUUCUUCCAUCUGUUUCUCAACCCUCCGACGCCCUUCCCGGAACCCCUCAUGCCUCUCCAGAUCGUCAAGCCUCGCCGAAAUUUAACCUCGCUCUCACACAUUCGACAACAGAGUUUACGUUCCGCUCACCGAUGCCUGGCGUUUCGAUGGAUGAGACCAAGAAAGCGAGUUUGCGUGCGGAGAUUCUGCAAGAAAUGAAUCGUCGCUUGCUUGUGACUGACCCUCCGGCGACCAUCACCGUUGGUUUCUUCAACGAGGCGAGCAAGAAGCGCGCUCGUGAGCCUGAGCCUGCACCCGAAGCAGCAGGGUACUCGCGCUUUGUAGCUGCCCAUGAGCGUGAGUUCAACAAGAUGCCCUCUAUUUUGGACGACCGUGCGAGGGGGUCAAGCCUCGAACUUCUCAUCUCGUUCCAAGGCCAAACCGAACGUCCCUUGCUUCUCGCGGCCGAACUCCCACUCGACCGUCUGUUCUCCAAAUUGGAGUUGCUCCUCUGGCUGGUGAGGAAAGAGCUGCGAAACGAGCGAGAACUUCCAUGAAAGGGAUAUCACCCUCGAUCGUACUUGAAGAGAAGGCAAAGGAAGUCGUGGAUCUGUCGGCCAUGGC